AUGAGCGGAAUGGGCGGACCACCACCCCACGGCCAGCUGCCACCACAAGGAGGACAAAUUCCCCCCGGUAUGGGGAGAGGAUAUGGGCCAGGCGGUCCCUCGAACGAACCAUGGAACGCCUACGGCGCCCAGCAACCACCACAUGGCCAGCAACAACAGCAACAACCUCAUCAACAACCGCCUCCUCAACAACAAUUCUACAGUCAAAUGCCCCAGCAACAACUCCCACCACCGCAACAACAUCAACAACCACCAAUGGGAAUGUAUCAAGGACAGGGACAAGGGAUGCCUCCACAACAACAGCAACCUACAUUGCCACAACAGCCACAAUAUCCGAUGGGAAUGGGUCAACAAUUGCAGCAGUCAUUGCAAAAUCCUCAUCCGCAGCAGUCAUUGCAAAAUCCUCAACAGCAGCAGUCGAUAAGUGGUCAAGCGAGAGCUCCACCACAAGGCUACAACUCGCCAGCGCCGAUGGGUUCAGUUGGAUCGACCGCGCCCGCCUCGCAACAACAACAACCGGCGCAACCCCAACAACAACCGGCGCAACAACAAGAGAUCAAGUUUCGCAACGAGUUGCAGAUGUACCCAGAGCAGAUUCUCAACAAUUUAGCCACGUACGACGUUGCGCAGUUGUGCACAAUUGGGAAAGAGAUCGUGAAUGAGUUAAAUGCGAAGACGUCAACCUUCUGUCAGCUGAUGAAGGUGAUCUCAGAGAAGCGCCCGAGCAAUCAGCAAUACGCGUAUAUCAACUACUUGAUGGAAUAUUGCGAGUUGCUGUUGAAGAAGUUGUACGAGAUACGGCUGAGGAUCGAGAAAGCGGCACCUGGGAUAAAAAUGGACCCGGACGAGUUCAUUAAACGAAUGAGUGAAAGCGAGAUGCCGAAAGUCCCUGAGAAAUUGGAACAAGUGAUUGCCGAGUUCGAACGAAAACGAAAACAAUUGGUGGCGAUUAGCGCGGAGAUCAAGCUGUUCGAUUGGACCGCCGCCGUGACCGACCCGGCCACGUUAAAGAGUCGAGAACGCGGGGAAAGGAGAACCGUGGCUUUCAAAAUUUGUGCCAAUGCGAUCUCCAGAGCGAGUUGGCGGUGGAUUGCAGGCUCCGCACGGGAAGCGAGCACGAAAUCGUGUCAACAGCACCAAAUCAACAAAAAGAGAGUUAUCAAAAGUCUUGAAGUGAAACAAAGGCCAUUACAAGGAACACUUCGAAUUACGCCAAAGUUUUACUACUUUCGAUGUCUCUACUUGGAGUGUUGCGAGCAACCAGAUCUUUCGCUUAUCGUACCAUACUCAUACUCGAGUGUGUACACUUUCUAUGAGGACCAGCUCAUCGGCAUGUUUUACUCAAUUUUGUGGGGGGUUCACAACGGCUUCAAACGGAUCGACGUCUCUAUUUACCAUGAAAGAAUUUGUACAUAUCUACGACAAAGUGAUCCGACGAUCGUGGGCAAGCAUCCGAUUAAGAAACCGGAGCUUGUCAAAGCAUUGAUGAAAAUGUUUCAAACGAAAGAGGAGGAUUUAUUUCAGGUCCAACUUGGUCUCCGUGCCUGCAAAGAUCCGCUCUACGAAAAGCCACCACCAGGGAACAAAAUGAGCGAGUUGCGCUUUUUGGAUACAACGCGUGAUAUUUCAGACUUAGUUCAGCAAGUCAUUGAAAGAAAUCCUUUUGAGAUCCCGGAGCUGCAAGAGAGAAAUAUUCGCGAGGCUUCAACGAGGAAGCAAUUCAAAGAUUUGAGAGAAGAAGGAAAGAAAGUCGAGAAUCCGAAUAAUUCGGAAAUUAAGCCAAAUUGGAAAAAUAUUCAAGCAAAAGUCGUUCAAAAAGCAACAAAGCGAUCAAUUAUCAAAACUCCAAGUGGAGACCUGGUUGUUGUGAAAUCGCCACUUUCAAUUGCAAAGCCUAAACUGGAAAAACCUAAAAUUGUGCCAGCUCUACCUGUGAAAUCUCCACGAGACAGCGAAUUUAUCGAGCUGUAUGUAGAAGAUCAAGACAACAGCGAUGAAGAGUGGGGCGACUCUUUGAGGAUGAGGAUUGACGACGACCUCGACUCACAGGCUUCUCGUUGGCGACGACGAUAUCUGAAAUCACGAUUCGACCGAGGGGAUCUU